AGCGACGACCAAGGCCAAAUGGCGAAAGCAAAAGCCACUCAGGCCGCCUCCAGUGGCGGCAAAGCUGCCAAGAAGAAGAAGUGGUCUAAGGGCAAGGUCAAGGACAAGGCCCAGCACGCCGUCGCCGUCGACAAGCCGCUGUUCGACCGCAUCAUCAAGGAAGUCCCAACCUUCCGCUUCAUCAGCCAGAGCAUCCUCAUCGAGCGGUUGAAGAUCAACGGCAGCUUGGCCCGCGUCGCCAUCCGUCACCUCGAGAAGGAGGGGCAGAUCAAGCGGAUCGUGCACCACAGCCAGCAGCUCAUCUACACUCGCGCAACAGCAUCAGAUUAGAGCUGCUUUCCCUUCCGCUAUGCUUCUGUAUGCACCAUAUGUAUCAUUGCACGCACCCACAAAAUUAUGCUCUGCCCCAACCCAC